CAGCUGAGGAGCAUUUGCAAGCAGGAGGACGACGCAAUAGCAACGGAGAAGGGUCUCCUCUCGCGGCCAGUGCUAUACGAGACCCAAAGGAAGAUGGUGAGCAAGAGCGGCCGGAGUGGUACCAGCGACACUCGAUCAAACGCCUCUGGCCGAUCGCGGCGGUCGUCUAGAUCCCGCACGUCCAGGGCGUCGACUUCGCGAAGACCCGCUCACCCGAUGGAGCUUGUGAGCACCGGCGGCGGCGGCGCGGGGGGGGGCGGAGUCCUGCCCUCUCAGAAGUGGCACUCCGCGGUCUGCUGUGCCGGGGGUAUCAAGUCUUUGUACGGUGUGUGCGUCCCUUGCGGGUUGGCGACGGCGAGGCAUCGCCUGGACGGGUCCUCGUGGUGCGUGAACGCCAUGUGCCUGAGCCCCUGUGCGGCGAGGAACAUCGUGCGCCACGGCUACGGCAUCAAGGGGCACUGCUGCGCGGAUAUUAUGUGCAGCUUGGUGUGCGCGCCGUGCGUGACGUGCCAGCUGCUGGGGGAGACGGAGAAGAGGGGGUGCGUCUUCGACUCGUGGAACAACCAGUCCGCGAGGUCGCGGCGCGAACAGCCCUGGAAGUUCGGGCUGUUCAACUGCCUGGACGACUGCACCACCUGCUCGUACGGUUUCUUCUGCCCGAUGCCUGCCGUCGGAACGAUCCGCACUCAGAUGGACGACUCGGACUGGAUCUUUAACUGCCUGUGCAUCAACCCCUUCAUCGCCAGGAGCCUCGUCCGCCAGAGCUACAACAUCGAGGGGACGGACAGCGCGGACUGCUUGCUGACGUGCUGCUGCUUCCCGUGCUCCAUCACCCAGAUGCUCAACGAGACGCAGCACCGGGGACACGUCACUGGCUCUCCCGGCUUCAACGCGGUCGAACGUUAAUUGGUGUCGGUGCGUUGUUGUCGAUUUUGCGCCCUAGGAUCGCUUGGGACGGGGGCCCCGCAGACAGCAGCAAGGUUCGGGU